AAGAUUAGCAUGGCCCAUGCACAAGGGUGACACGCAAAUUCGUGAAGUGUUUUUAAAAAGAAAAAAAUGAUGUCAGUGCUGUGUGUGCUGGAUCUCUGUUGUGACGGGCAGACUGUUGCUGCACAGGAUCACAUUGGUCCAGAUGGCCCGCUCUGGCCCUUCUCCAGCAACAACAGGGUUGAGAAAUAUAGACCAGUGAAGUUGAAUGAAGUAGUUGGGAAUGAAGACACUGUGAGCAGGCUGGAGGUCUUUGCUCGAGAAGGGAAUGUGCCCAAUAUUAUCAUUGCUGGCCCCCCAGGAACUGGCAAAACUACAAGCAUCCUGUGUUUGGCACGAGCCCUUCUGGGCCCAGCUCUCAAGGAUGCUGUUUUGGAACUCAAUGCCUCAAAUGACAGGGGCAUUGAUGUUGUGAGAAACAAAAUCAAAAUGUUCGCCCAGCAGAAAGUCACCCUUCCCAAAGGACGACAUAAGAUCAUCAUCCUGGAUGAAGCAGACAGCAUGACUGAUGGAGCCCAGCAAGCCUUGAGAAGAACCAUGGAAAUCUACUCCAAAACGACUCGCUUUGCUCUUGCUUGCAAUGCUUCAGAUAAAAUCAUAGAGCCCAUUCAGUCCCGCUGCGCAGUCCUCCGCUACACAAAGCUGACCGAUGCCCAGGUCCUCACCAGGUUAAUGAACGUGAUCGAGAAGGAGAAUGUGCCCUACACCGACGAUGGUCUUGAAGCCAUUAUCUUCACCGCCCAGGGAGACAUGCGGCAGGCGUUGAACAACUUGCAGUCUACUUUCUCAGGAUUCGGCUUCAUUAACAGUGAGAAUGUGUUCAAGGUCUGCGACGAGCCGCACCCGCUGCUGGUGAAGGAGAUGAUCCAGCACUGUGUGAAUGCCAACAUCGACGAAGCCUACAAGAUUCUCGCUCACCUGUGGCAUCUUGGCUACUCACCAGAAGACAUCAUUGGCAACAUUUUUCGAGUGUGUAAAACCUUCCAAAUGGCAGAAUACUUGAAACUGGAGUUUAUUAAGGAAAUUGGAUACACUCAUAUGAAGAUAGCCGAAGGUGUGAACUCUCUUCUGCAGAUGGCAGGGCUCCUGGCCAGGCUGUGUCAGAAGACGAUGGCCCCGGUGGCCAGUUAGAGCGGAGAACUCAUUGAUGGGCGACAAGAGGCCCUGAGAGACGGGACUCACAGCCUUCGCUCUGGGAGAGAACGCUGCCCAGACUGCCAGUGGGACUCGCCGUUUAGUAACAUGCCGUGGCCUUCCCGUGCUUCUACACACAUCUCCAGCGCGUUUGCAUUCAGCCCCAGGCUCUGAGACGGGACGGGGGAAAGGCCGCCGAGAAUGUCCAGGGCAUGGCACCCAGUCUGGGUGUGGGUUGGCAUUUUAGCUAAUAAAACUGUACAAUUUGUCAGCAAUAAUGUGGCAGGGCAAGUCUGCAAAGAAAGCCAGCUUCCUGUCUGCAUGCUUCUUGCAUCCUACAAGUAGAAAAGGUGAUUUCGAUGACAGACGGGACAAGCGAAUCUCAAUUUUUCUGGAGGUCAGUUCCACGGGGUGAGGGCAGUGUUUGUUGUAAUUUACUGACCAUUUAGAAAAACUACUCAACAGCUUGGGACCAUGAGCUCUUUAGAAAGGACUUAAGGUGUCGCUGAGGAAAAUGGUGCAGGCCUGGCGCGUGGAGACCGCCAGGUCACCUUGUCUGUACAGUGCUUGUUGAUUUGGCAUUUCCCAGUAAACUUUAUGUUAACCUGUA